UGAUCGAGAAGAAAAGACAUUCUCCGUGCCUAUGAGCUCUGCCUAUUAACGAAGUACAUUACACGGCAGAGGCCUGUACAGUCGCUGCUUUUAACUAUUUCAUCUGCUCGCGGUGUGCACAGAAGGGCUUUCCCGUGAGAGACUGGCACAGCCAUGUUUAGGAGGAUUUUACAGCUGACUCCAGGGAGAGUCGGCUCUCAGAAUUCAGAAUCAGAAUCUUCUGCAACCCCGGGGACCGCUGUCAACAAUGAAAGCUCUUCAGAGGGCUUUAUCUGUCCACUGUGUAUGAAAUCCCAUGCAACUGCUGAAGAACUCUUUAUGCACUAUGAAGCUUCCCAUGAGCCAAGCAAUGACCCCGCACAUGGAGGAGAAGACCAUUUGUCUCCUAAAAGGGAAGAAGUGCUUUUGCUUCGGCAGGAAAAUCAAGACCUACAAGCAUCACUUAAGGAAGAAAAAUGGUAUGCGGAAGAGUUGAAGAAAGAAUUAGAAAGUGUUCAAGAGCAACUGAAGCAAGGCUCCACGCCAGAUGGCAUAACCACUAUCGCAGCAUCAGAACUUCAGUCUUUGGAGCAUCAACUAGAAGAGGCAAGGACAGAAAUGUUUAAUAUUAAGCAAAUGAAGGACUUAUUUGAGCAGAAAGCAGCACAGCUUGCUACAGAAGUUGUUGAGUUAAAGGCUGCACAUGAUGAAGAAAAAGGUCACCUGGCAGCUGCAGAAGAAAGAGUAAAGCAAUUAAACCUGGAACUUGAUUCAAAGGCACAUUUAAUUGAAGACUUAAAGAAUGAGCUUCUCCAACGACCCGGAAUUGAAGAUGUUGCUGUGCUGAAGAAAGAGCUUGUUCAGGUUCAGACGCUGAUGGACAAAACCUCUCAGGAGCGCGAACAGGAAUCAGAGAAGCUGAAAGAUGAGUGUAGACAGCUGCAGAUGCAGAACUCUAAUGCCGAGGCUACGAUUAACCAGUUGAAGGCUGAGCUGGCUAAAGGUCCCCAAGAAAUUGCUGUGUACGUGCAGGAAAUACAUCAGCUAAAAACCUCAAUAACUGAGCUGUCUCAAAAAAAUGAGACUUUAGCUCAAAAUCUCUCAAAGAAGGAAUCCGAUUACAGCCUGCUAGAGGAGAAGCAUACUGAAGAGUCCAUGGCUAAGAAGAAUCUUCAAAUUACUGUUAACCAAAAGGACCUGGACUGCCAACAGCUUCAAGCCCGGCUUUCUGCUGGUGAAGUUACACUACAGACAGUGAAGACUGAAGUGGCUGAGAAGGCGGAAGCCAAUCAGAAACUCAAAGCGGAGCUUUCGGAAGUGGAGACUAAAUACCAACACCUGAAGGCUGAAUUUAAGCAGCUGCAGCAGCAAAGAGAGGAGAAGGAGCAGCAUGGUGUACAGCUGCAAAGUGAGAUCAACCAGCUGCACAGCAAAUUGUUGGAGACCGAGCGCCAGCUAGGGGAGGCCCAUGGAAGGCUCAAGGAGCAGAGGCAGCUGUCUGCCGAGAAACUGAUGGACAAGGAACAGCAGGUGGCCGAUUUGCAGCUGAAGCUUUCACGUGCAGAGGAGCAGCUUAAAGAAAAGACGUCUGCUUCUACAGAUUUGCAACAUCAGCUAGAAAAACUAAGACAGCAGCAUGCGGAGCAGCAGACCCUCCAGCAAACCACUACAUCUAAACUAAGGGAAGCCCAGAAUGACUUAGAGCAAGUACUACGCCAAAUUGGGGACAAAGACCAAAAGAUCCAGAACCUCGAAGCCUUACUAGAAAAGAGCAAAAAAAACACCACUCUGCUUGAAAAAGAGCGUGAAGAUUUGUAUGCCAAAAUUCAAGCUGGGGAAGGUGAAACAGCCGUUCUGAACCAGCUUCAAGAGAAGAACCAUGCGCUGCAGGAACAGUUAACUCAGCUUACAGAGAAGUUAAAGAACCAGUCGGAAAGUCACAAACAGGCUCAGGAGAACUUACAUGAGCAAGUACAGGAGCAGAAGUUACAGCUCCGAGCAUCACAGGACCAUGUCCAGUCCUUAGAGUCCACUAUGGGGGAACUCACCAGUCAACUUAAUGAAAGCAAAGAGAAGAUGACCCAGCUGGAUUUGCAGAUUAAAGCAAAGACCGAACUUCUGUUGGCAGCAGAAGCAGCAAAAACAGCACAGAGAGUAGACCUUCAGAACCACUUAGAUACGGCCCAGAAUGCACUGCAAGACAAGCAACAGGAAUUGGCUAAAGUCAACGCUCAACUUGAACAAGCGAUGACAAAACUGCAAGAUAAGUUGGAGUACUGUGGUCAGCUAGAGUCAAAUCUUAAGGAGUAUAAAGAAAAGCAUCUGAAUCUGGAGCAAAAGUCAGAAGCUUUGGAAGAACAACUUAAGAAACUUGAAGCAGAUCUCAUCAGUGUUAAAGCGAACCGAGAACAGGCUGUACAUGAGCUGAAACAACAGAAGCAGCACAACAGUCAGCUGGAGCUGAGAGUCACAGAACUGAGCAAACAGUUAGAGGAUGAGAAGGGAGUAGUAUCUCUAACAAAGCUGGAGCUACAGAAGAAAGCAGACUCUCUCCAGCAGUCAAAAGAGUUGCUCCUCAAACAGGAGCAGGAGACCCACAGUCUCAAGGACAGACUUGAAAAGCAAAAGCAAGACUUGGAGAAAACGGAAAGGCAGAUGCAGGAUGCUGUGGGGACUGCAGAGAAGGUCAGACUGGAUAGAGACACUCUGCAGAAAGAGCUUACUGACACCAAAGACCAGCUGACCAAGAGCAAAAACAUCCUAGAAGAGUCCAAGGCUGCUUUGGAAAAGGAACGUAAUAAAGGAAAGGAAAUGAUACAGAAUACAGAAAAGUUGCAUGAAGAAGUGCGAACCAAACUUCAAAUACAGGCGGAUUCUGCCGCUAAAGAAGUCAACGAACUUAAAAUCACGAUGGAGAAAAAAGAGGAGGAAUCCAACCAGUUGAGGUCGGAACUUGAGAAAGCACGCGGCUAUGUUGCCAAGCUGCACAGUUCAAUCAAAGAAAAGGAAAAGCUUCAACAGGAAUUUCAGGCUAAGAUGAAACAGAUGCAAGAUACAUCUGAGCAAGAUAAAAAGCAUCAUAAAGCAGAGAUUGAAACCGUGGCAGCUCAGUUAGCACAAAAGGUAGAACAAGAGGGGAUAUUACAGCAGCAAAUAAACUCAUUAUCUAGCGAGCUGGCAUCUGAGAAGCAAAAGCUCUCCAAUGUGGAGAAAGCCAAUGGAGCCUUGCAGGAAAAAUGUAAUCUUCUGCAGUCUGACAUGUAUGGGAAGGAGUCUGAAGUGUCUGCAAUAAGGCAGGACCUGAAGUCUGCAGAGGACAAACUUCUCUUAUCCCAAGAAGAGCUGAGAUCUAAUAGGAAUGAAAUCAAGCACUUGAAUAAAACAAUCCAGGAACUAACUGCUACAAAAGGUACCAUGGAGCAGGAUAUAGCUAAGAAAACAAGCCAGUUGAACCAGCAGGAGAAAUCCCUACAUGAAAUACAGGAGAAGAAGGUUUCAGCAGAGAAAGAACUAAGUGAAGAAAAAGUGAAAGCAAAUAACCUUAAUUCUCUCAAGGACAAACUUGAGGGAGAAUUGACAAAGAAGAGCGAGGAACUGAAAAAUAUCAAAGAGGAGUUCCAAAAGAAAACAAGCAGCUUUGAAGAAGCCAAGCAGCUACUGAUUCAGCAGAAGCUGGAACUGCAGAGCAAAAUUGAUAACUCUGUGUCCGCCCUGCAGCAGGCAAAGAACAUUCAGCAAGCCCUGAAAGAUGAUAUGAAAAGAAAGGAGGAAGAUUGGACAAAACAGUGCUCUGAACUUCAAAAUAAGCUGACAACAGAAUUGAAACAAAAAGAGGAUCGCUGCAAAAAAUUUGAGGAGAAUGAAUCCAAGCUCACUAUGCAAAUCACGGCACUGAAUGAGAACCUGGCCACACUUAAGAAGGAAUGGCAAAGCAGCCAGCGCAGGGUGAGUGAACUUGAGAAGCAAACAGAUGACCUGAGAGGAGAGAUUGCCGUUCUGGAAGCAACAGUACAGAAUAACCAGGAUGAAAGACGUGCUUUACUUGAAAGGUAUCUUAAGAGUGAAGGAGAAAUUGAAAAGCUCCAAAGCAAAGUAGUAGAAUUACGGAAGAAAGUAGAUGAAACAACAUAUGCCAUGGAAGAACUGGGUAGAGAAAACCAAUCACUACAGAUUAAGCACAGUCAGGCUCUGAAUAGAAAAUGGACAGAGGACCAUGAAGUACAAAACUGCAUGGAGUGUGGGAAAGGGUUUUCUGUGACAAUUAGAAGGCACCACUGUAGACAUUGUGGAAAUAUCUUCUGUGCCGAGUGUUCUUCAAGGAAUGCCUUAACCCCUUCGUCCAAAAAACCUGUUCGCGUUUGUAACACAUGCUUUAUUGACUUGCAAGGAUAGGAAUGGUUCCUUAGCUAGAUAUCUAGAUAAGUACACUUAGUAUUUUUGUUAAUGCACUCAGAGUACAUAUGUCUUUGAAUGAUUGUAAAACUCAGCAACACAAAAAUAUGUUUUCAAAUGUUUUAUUGAUAAAAAGUAUACUUAUUGUAUUUUUCAUGAGCUGUGAUCUUCAUUUACUGCAUCAAGCAUUUUCCGUCAAAAAUGAUGUUUUUUUUUGUUUCUAACUAACCAUUUUAUUUAGCUCCCUGUAAAUAUUAGUCUGACAGAUUCAUCUACAUAUUUUUCUACUUGUCAGGAAACACACGGUUGUAAUAAUAGCUUACAAAGAAAA